AUGUCAACAACUAUGAAGAAGUCCUCUGCUGAGGAAGAGUUGGAAAAGCAAUAUCGGGACUAUAAAGCUCAGUUUGACCAGUGGAAGGAGAAAAACAAGUCGAAGGCGGAAAGAGAGGCCAACGAACUAAAGGCGCAGAAGGAGGAAGAGGAGAAUGCUAAACGUAUACAGGAAGCUAAAGAAGCAGAAGCAGCUGCUGCGUAUGCACAGUCACAACAAGCAUACAUGGCUCAUCACCAAGCUGCCUUAGAGCAGGAACAGCAACGACUUCAGGCUCAACAGCAAGUUGCUCAAUUAGCUCAAGUUGUUGCUCAACAACAAUUCGCACAUCCACCUCCACAUGUUACGCAGCUUUCCACUCAAGUUUCUCAUGGACAAGGUGAUCUUACUGCUGAGAAUGUAUUCAAGGAAAUGGUAAGUGUAGUAAUGGGUGGAGCUGCCGCAGCUUUAGGAACAACAGUCACGCAGCAACCACCACCGUCUAUGCCGGGUGCACCAGGACCUGCUGGACCCCCACCACAGCUCUGGGGCAAUACCAAGACAACUUAUGACAUGAAGGACCCAUUGUUUCUGAAGUGGGGAGCUCGAGCAGCUCCAGCCCAUAAUCCUCCAUGUAUACGGCCUCCCAUGCCUGUUGGACCAUGUUGGAUGUUAGAAAACGCUCUGAAGGAGAACAAAAUGGCUAUAGCACCUGGACCAAACAUUCCACCUCCAAUGUUUAUCCAGCCACCUCCUAUAUUGUAA